GGGCGUCAUCAUCAGCUACUGCGCGGCACAAAAUUUUCACCAUGAUGUGGUAGCCUUGGAACGAUCUAAGCUUCUGUGUAGCCCAAAAAUUGGCCUCGACGUGUAGGGCGUUACCAACCACGGAGGCGUGAAUGCGCAUAUUUGGAAAGAAAUUAGAGCUGUUGCGGGAUCUCCAGAAAAAGCCUGAAGAUAUGCAGGUGAUUGCGAAAAUGUCUGUUGUACUUUUGCUGUGUCUAAUGCCUUGUUCACCGUCGCAAGAAGGUCCGCCUGUGGGAUCUACAUUGUCAAGAUCGCAGAAGACCGAUUACAGCGGCCAGUUCCUGACGCCUUUGAUCGAGAGGAAAGCCGUUAAAUCCGCCAGGGAUGCCAGCUUCGUGAAAAUGUUCAAGAUGAGAGCGAACGCCACGGCAUACUCCGGCUUCAUCACCAUCAACAAGGAACAGCAGGCGAAUCUGUACUUCAUUUAUAUGCAAGCUCAGGUAAGGAAGGCCUCGGAGGGCCUAGUUAGGAAACGGUAUUGUCGCGUGGUGGUCACGAGAGUUGGCCGGCAGGAAAGAAGGCCGACAACCUACCCAGACGGAAACGCUUUAUCGACUAAAGUCACGCCCUUUCAAUGAAGAUAUACUGUUUCAAUGCCAUGUGUAUUUCGCGGGCUUUCUAUUAGGCAUGGAAAAUACAUAUGUAGCGCGUAUGGAGCAACAUAUAGCUGGAUCUGGAUUUUCGUAGGAUAGCCUACACUUUAUCAAAUACAAUUUUGUUCAGAAUAUCAUAUUCCAGUAAUUGAAUAAAUAAUAGUAACUAAUUAUGUAAUUAAGCCAAAUGCAA